AUGGCCAUAUCAAAGUUGAUGUUUGUUCUGGUGAUUAUAUUUGGCUCAAGCUCAUGGAUGGGUACGAAUUCUAUUUGGAUGCAACUUCCACUCCUCACAGCGAACCUGCCAGAAGGAUGGGGAUUACCAAGUUUUCUUGCCGCUGUGGUUCAGAUUGCGUGUAUUGGCCCUCUAAUCUACACACUACUGCAUAAGGGUUGUCGUUCAAUAACCUUACCCACGGUACCGCUCAUCACAGCAUUUCUCACCCUUGCUUCUUUUUGUCAGCUCGGUGCUGGACAUUACGAAUGCGAAGGCUCUGUGCCGCUUUAUUCACCCCCACGGUUUAGCGCCUCUUCCUUUUUCUUUCUUAUUUUCUGUUGGACUCUAACAGCAACGGUUGCUUUUGAGAUCUUAUCCAGAAAAGGAGGACAUAAGAACACUCCACCGAAAUCCACGGGAAGUAGCGCGCAUGAAGCGACACCACUAAAUGGAACCAGCUCAAAAUCUGCAGAAAGCAUUCAACUAACAGCAACCGCAACAGAUGAGGAUGGCGAUGAGGUGAUCGUGAAAAAGCCGUCAUCAGCUGAAUCGACGAGCAUCAGCGGCAGUAGCUAUAUGCUAAUCCUUAUGGCCACUGCACUUGUUAAUGCUCAAAUGAAUGGUGUAAUUCCAAGUGUACAAAGCUAUGCUGCUCUACCUUACUCUCAGGCGACGUAUCACUAUGGAAUUGCUUUGGCUAAUAUAGUUUCUCCCUGUAUGUCAUUUUUACCGUUCUUUAUCAAAGUGAGGUCCAUACCGGGUCCUUGUCGGGUUGACAUUCUGUUCUCAUGUAUGACUGCUUUUCAUAAUAUAUCUUGCCUCACUGAGUCCCAAUCUGAUCUUCGAUUCAGUCACCGCUGGCAGUUUCUUAUUGUGAGUGCUAUGACAGCCGCUGGACUACAUUCGUACCUCCGUGUAGUGUUCGCGUCACUACUGCGUGAAGGUGAACAGAGUGAGAGCAGGUUGUUCUGGUGUGGAGUUUUCAUUCAG